CAAGGAUUCUAGGAGCCUCAGCAUGUCGGGGCCAAUAACUACACUGGCCAGCACAGCAGCUGCCGCCACAGCACAGGUGGAGGACUUAAGUUUCGGUUCGACCGACUAUACGGUGUUUAUACUUAUGUUGAGUGUGUCCGCGUCCAUUGGCGUGUACUUUGGAUUCUUCUCCAAGGCAAAGAACACCACAGAGGAAUAUCUGCGUGGCGGCAAGAAGAUGCAAGCGCUGCCCAUAGCCAUAUCUUUGGUCUCCAGUCAACUGUCAGGUGUUGCCAUCAUGUCCAUUCCCACUGAGAAUUAUACGUAUGGCUUUAACUUCAUAUUCGCGGUGCUAGCCAUGAUACCAACUGUUCCCAUACUGAUAUAUAUAAUUGUGCCCGUCUUCUAUGACAACAAUGUCGUCAAUUGUUAUGAGUAUCUGGAGAUGCGAUUUAAUAAACGCACUCGUCAAUUCGUGACGCUGACUUUUGUUUUGAAUCAAUUCCUAAUGCUGCCUGUUUAUAUGUUUAUACCCUCACUGGCAUUCUCUCAAGUGACCGGCAUAAAUAUCCACCUAAUCAAUACCGUAGUCUCAUCGAUCUGUGUUUUCUAUACCAUGUUGGGCGGCAUUAAGGCGGUCGUCUGGACGGACGUUGUUCAGGCUGGCGUUAUGCUGCUCUCUGUGAUAAUGGUGGGCGUGCUGGGCACUAUGCGUACAGGAGGAUUGGGUACUGUGCUCGAGUAUGCGUCGGAAGGCGGUCGUUUCAACUUUGACUUUAGACUGGAUCCAAGAAUACGCGCCACUUUCUGGAACAGCAUGACCAGCGGCCUACUACUUUGGACGGGCAAAAUUGGACUUGAUCAGAGCUGUGUGCAGCGCAUUGUCUCCUUGCCUUCGUAUGCGCAUGCCAAAAAAUCUCUUGUUGUUGCGGGCUUUGGUUUUCUGAUUAUCAUGUUCUUUACCUCUUUUGCUGGCAUCAUAAUGUUUGCACACUAUUACGGCUGUGAUCCCAUGCUGGCAGGCCUGGUCAGCAAGCCGGACAAAAUGAUGCCCUUCUUUAUACAGGACAUAAUGGGUAAUCUGCCCGGCAUGCCGGGACUGUUCAUCUCGUGUGUGUUCAGUGCUUCCCUGAGUUCACUUUCGGCUAAUCUUAACUCGUUCGCCGGCGUUGUUUACUUUGACUAUAUCAAGCCCCAUAUCCGGCAUACGGAGGCACGGGCCAAUGGAUUCAUGAAACUGGUCAUCAUUGCCAUGGGCGGCUACUGUAUUGUGGGCGGGUUCAUUGUGCAGCGUUUCAACUCAAUAUUGCAGACCAUGUGGACGAUUACGGGCAUCAAUACGGGCGCCGUUGUGGGUAUCUUUCUGUUGGGCAUGUUUGUGCCCCGUGUCAAUGGGAAGGUGGCAAUGACCAGCAUUUUGUUCAGUGUGCUUGCCAUGCUGUGGGUCAUCAUCAAUGCGCAGAUGAACAUCAAGGCGGGCCUUAUUAAAUAUGAGGUAUUGCCAAAUACCUUGGAUCAGUGUGAGGCGCGUGGCCUAGACACGAUUUUUAAUGCAAUAAAUCGUACAGCUACAGCAACAACAACAGCUGCCGCUGUGCCAACCAAUGUGACAACCGCUUUCGGCAGCAAUCGGGAGUUUUCAGUUUAUGAUAUAUCUUUCUAUUGGUAUAAGGUAUUGGGCGCUAUUCUGAUAUUCGUGUGGGCAGUGCCCAUGAGCUAUGUGUGGCGCCCGGACAGAAACGAGAAACAAAGUCCAAAAUUGUAUUCGCCAUUUGUGCGCAACAUGUUAAGUGUGCCCGAUCCGGUGCUGGAGCUAGAGGAGCUGCCAUUAAAGGAACCAUUGACAAAAGCUGUGCAGGAAAAUGGUGCGGCAUAGGUUUAGCCAAACUUGUACUUACAACUAUUUUUAGUUAAUACACAAUGUUAUCUCUCUUUUGUAUUUUUAAAAGAUUUAUUUACAAAAGAAUAUUUAAAUGAAGAAUUUCUUACACAGAAAGUAUCCAGCUACAUACAAAAACGGCCUCGGCUGAUUGUUUCAGUUACAAAAAGAGUUCCAAAGUAUUUUUACGCUCUUGUGUCGGUUUUUUUUUUGUUUUGUUUUUUGUUUUUUUUUUUUUUUUGUUUAUGUAUAGCAUUUUUCAUUGAAAAAUUUUACAGUACUUGUCGUAAUUUAGUUAAGAUUGUGGAAAAGACUUUUGUUUUCACUUCACAAAUUCUAUGCGGAAUACAAUUGAUGCGUUAUCUGAUAUAGGUUUAUCCGUUUAAAUUACAUAAUGACAAAACGUUAAAAACUAAAUGCUUUAUGUGAGCGCUUUUCAAAAUACGAAAAUUAUAUAGAAAUUAAACAAAAAAAAAUAAUAAGUAGAGAUAUAUACGUAAUAUGUAUUGUGAAUAGCCAGGUAAGUGUGAAUGGCAUUGGUAAAGUUUUUAAUGCUUAUGUACUUAAAUUCUUGAACGACGCAUCAGUUGUUUAAAAAUCUUUUCUUGGGUUUUGAGUGUUGUCCAAAUCGGUUUUAAAAUUAGAUUUGCAUUAAAGAUUAUGUCUUAUAAUUUAAAAACAUCUAUUUUACAUACAUUUCUCAAUAAUGUAUUUGUUUUGUUUCC